CGCCGAGUUAGCGUCGACGAGCGUCGAUUCGCGUCGACUCGCAGGAGCCUGGUCUGGGAGGCGCCCGCGAGCUGCCACCGAGGCGCGCUGGCAGCCCCAGGCUGCCCCCCUUGGAGGGGGGCGCGCGGACCUGGGCCUCAGAGAGGAGGACCUGAAGAACGAGGCGGGCUUUGACGUAGGCAUCAAGCUGGACCCGGAGCAGGCCGAGGCGCUGGGCAUCGUCCCCUUCGGCGACGGGGGCGCGGACGACGCCGCGUCGCCGAGGCGCUCCGCCACGCCCCCCCUCCGCCUCCGCCUUCGCCUCCGCCAGGCCCGCUCGCUCGCGCCAUUGGCAUCACAGUGCCGCUGGUGCCGCCCCCCUUGCUUUCAUCGGAGGGCUUUUGACUGGUAGUACAGGGUUCCCUGCGAAAAGGGCCGCACGUUCGCCU